GUGCCCCAUCAUUGGUGUCAGUGGGAAGAAUUGUGCCCCAUCAUUGGUGUCAGUGGGAGGAAUAGUGCUUCAUCAUUGGUGUCAGUGGGAGGAAUAGUGCUCCAUCAUUGGUGUCAGUGGGAAGAAUCGUGCCCCAUCAUUGGUGUCAGUGGGAGGAAUAGUGUCCCAUCAUUGGUGUCAGUGGGAGGAAUAUGCCCCAUCGUUGGUGUCAGUGGGGGGAGGAAUAGUGCCCCAUCAUUGGUCUCAGUGGGAGGAAUAGUGUCCCAUCAUUGGUGUCAGUGGGAGGAAUAAUGCCCCAUCAUUAAUUAUCAGUGACACCAAUGAUGGGGCACUAUUCCUCCCACUGACAGCAAU